AUGAAUCCACUUCUGGUUCUUGCCUUUGUGGGAGCUGCUGUUGCUUUCCCCGUUGACGAUGAUGACAAGAUCGUCGGGGGCUACACCUGUGAGGAGAAUUCCAUCCCCUACCAGGUGUCCCUGAACUCUGGCUACCACUUCUGUGGUGGCUCCCUCAUCAAUGCCCAGUGGGUGGUGUCCGCCGCUCACUGCUACAAAUCGGCAAUUAGCUCAGAAUUUUCCUGAAGAGGGUCUGAAUAUCGCCGCAUCCAGGUGAGACUAGGAGAGUACAACAUCGAAGUCGUGGAAGGGAACGAGCAGUUCAUCAACGCGGCCAAGAUCAUCCGCCACCCCAAGUACAACAGCUGGACCCUGGACAAUGACAUCUUGCUGAUUAAGCUCGCCUCGCCUGCAGUCAUCAAUGCCCGGGUGUCCUCCAUCUCCCUGCCCAGCGCCAGUGCUCCUGCUGGCACCCUGUGCCUCAUCUCUGGCUGGGGCAACACCCUGAGCUCUGGCAGCAACUACCCAGACCUGCUGCAGUGCCUGGAAGCCCCGCUGCUGAGUCAGGCUGAGUGCGAGGCCUCCUACCCCGGGGAGAUCACCAAGAACAUGGUCUGCGCCGGCUUCCUGGAGGGAGGCAAGGACUCCUGCCAGGGUGACUCUGGGGGCCCUGUGGUCUGCAAUGGACAGCUCCAGGGCAUUGUCUCCUGGGGCUAUGGCUGCGCCCAGAAGAACAGGCCUGGAGUCUACACCAAGGUGUCCAACUACGUGGACUGGAUUCAGCAGACCAUCGCUGCCAACAGCUAA